AAAAGUCAUAAAUGUUCUGCAAAAUUGAAUGGGAAAAGAAAAAUUCUCUCCGCAAAAACGCAAAAAUAAUGUAAUAAAAGUGGCUAUUUUAUAGAAAUAAAAGUUUUUUACAUUGUUAUUAAGUUUCCGUGAGCGAGUCUCUUCGCACUUUUCGACUUUCGACGCGGAACUACGGGACAGGCAGCUUUCGUGGACACCUCUUAGGCAGUUUUCAUCGCAGCAAAGGAAAAACACUCCACAUUAUUUUUGUUAUUUUACAUUUUUUUUUGCAAUAUAUUUUGUGUGCCAGAUCGGAAAAUAAUGGCUGAGAACCAUCACAAGACUCCAGCAGCGAGACCGAAUGCAUUUGCAAUGGAUAUCAACAAUCGGAACACAAGUAGGCAGCCCAGACCUCUGAACUUUACGACAAAUGACUUGCAACAGAACCAUCAACCACAACGCGGCGCUCUGAGAUUGAGUUUUGAUCCCGAUGCACAGCCAAGACCUGUUCCCGUUGUGCGGGCAGCUCCUCCGCCGUUGCAGGAUCGCACAAGGGAACGAAUUCGCAUGCAAGCAGCAGGCACUCUCCAAUUCGGUCCAAAUGAGCAAUACGAUUUCACGUCUGACGACUUGCAAGAUUUGGGCGAAAUUGGUAGAGGAGCAUUUGGUGCCGUUAACAAGAUGAUAUUUCGACGUCUCGAUCGCGUCAUGGCAGUCAAGCGGAUACGUUCGACCGUUGACGAGGGCGAACAACGAAAAUUACUGAUGGAUUUGGAGGUCGUCAUGCGAUCCAACGACUGCAAUUAUAUAGUACAAUUUUACGGGGCACUUUUCAAGGAAGGCGAUUGCUGGAUUUGCAUGGAACUCAUGGACACAUCACUCGAUAAGUUUUACAAAUUUAUCUGUGAGCGUCAACGACAACGGAUUCCCGAAUCAAUUUUGGCAAAAAUAACCGUCGCUACGGUGCACGCGUUAAAUUACCUAAAAGAGCAUCUGGAGAUUAUUCAUCGGGAUGUCAAGCCAAGCAAUAUUUUGUUGCAUCAACGAGGUGAUAUUAAAUUAUGUGAUUUUGGGAUUUCGGGGCAACUUGUGGACUCGAUUGCGCGCACAAAGGAUGCUGGGUGUCGACCAUACAUGGCGCCUGAACGAAUAGAUCCGCAAACAGCGAGAGGAUAUGACGUGCGAAGUGACGUUUGGUCGUUAGGAAUUACUUUAAUGGAAGUCGCUACCGGCAGAUUUCCGUAUCCCAAAUGGAAUUCUGUGUUUGAACAACUUUAUCAAGUUGUUCAAGGAGAUCCUCCUAGAUUAGCUGCCUCGUACAAUGGAAUGGAAUUUUCCGAUGAAUUUGUUGACUUUGUAAAUACUUGUUUAAUCAAAGAAGAAAAAGAUCGUCCAAAAUACCCGAAAUUAUUGCAACAUCCAUUUAUUCAACGCGGCGAACGAAGUCACACGGAUGUCGCUAGCUACGUUAACAAUAUUCUAGAUUCCAUGGCAAAUAAUGGCAUAACUCCCUUUACAACAAAUCAACCGGCGGAGAAUUGGUUCGACUAAAAAGGAAGUUCAACAAUCGAAAAAAAUACGUAAAAAUAUCGCGUAGUGUUAAAAAUUAAUGAAAGUAUGGUAAAAAAGUGUAAAAGUGAUUAACUAAAAAAAAAAUAAAGUGCGGAAGAGUUUAAAAAAUUAGAAAUUCUGUAAAAGAAAAAUAUAACUAGUCAACUCUUCGAUGAAAAUUUCAUCUAAAACGUUAUCGUCCAAGACAAUAAAAAAUAUAUUAACAUCAUCUAUACUCUAAAAAACCGUAGUAAGUAAAGAAAUAAUGAUAAGCUACUAAUCGCACUUUGAGAUAAGAGCAUCCUCUAUUCAAUUACGUACUAAAAAUUACCACAUUUUAUCAGUAAUGGGCUUGAAAGUGUUUCUACGAGAAAUUUCAUUUAAAUUUUGUAUAAUUUUUUACUAAAAAUUAAAAGAAAAAUUAAAAUUUUUAUAAGUUUGACGAAAAAUUGAAUCAAAAAAUUCUUUUUAUAAAAAUUUUCAAACCCAAAACUAUAAAAAAAUUAAAAACUCGAUAGCACUUCCUUCAUUAAUUCAGUAGUUGAACCUAUCAGAUACUCCCAAACCGCGUCGCGACACGUGAUUCAUCCAAUUUUUAAUCAUUCCCUCAUUCUAUCUUGCGUAGAUGUUGUAUGAAUGUGAGAAAAAAAAAACAGACAAAUCGUAAAAAAAUCAUCAGUACUACCGACUGAGCUUAUAAAGUAUAAAAAAUAAUACUUAGUUACAUAACACAAGAAAAAAAAAUACAUGAAGCCACAUACAUACUAUUAAA